CAGUGGAGGGAUUGGCAGAGAGGGGUGGAGGACACUGAAUGGAAACCAGUUGAGGGAUUUGCAGAGACGGGUGGAGGACACUGAAUGAGGCCAGUGGAAGGGAUUGGCAGAGGGAGUGGAGGACACUGAAUGGAAACCAGUGGAGGGAUUUGCAGAGAGGGGUGGAGGACACUGAAUGGAAGCCAGUGGAGGGAUUGGCAGAGAGGGGUGGAGGACACUGAAUGGAGGCCAGUGGAGGGAUUGGCAGAGAGGGGUGGAGGACACUGAAUGGAGGCCAGUGGAGGGAUUGGCAGAGAGAGGGUAGAGGACACUGAGUGGAGGUCAGUGGA